AUGGCAUCCUUAACCCAAACCUUGUCCGAGUCAGAUGAACAUUCUAUUCUCUCACUCAUCCCACCCUUUUCAUCUUUACAUGCCACACGAACUCCAGAACGAUCUCUUCUGCCUGAAAGUCAAAACACUUUCCUCAAAUUUUCCCAUCUUCCUGACCAUAUUCGCAGCAUAAUCUGGCGUCACGCUUUCCUCGAAACUCAAACCCCUCGCGUAAUCGAAGUUCGUGCCGAAAUCGUAGAAAGUCUGCACUGGAACUUAGACUGCGAAAAAACGAUCUUCCCUGAGCCAACAGGAUCCUCUGUUCUGAGAUGGACCGAAGUUAAUCCGCGAAGUCAAUGCACGAUCGAAAUGGUAUCCCGUGAAAGCAGAGACGUCGUGGAAAGCGUCUGGGAUUACUGUCUUCACGACAAGCACCCGAAGGAUCUUAACUUCAUCGAAGAGUACAUAGGAGACGAUGGGAUGGAGGAUCCAAUAUACGUGGACAGGAAAGUUGUUGAGGAAAGGUUGGGUGCCAAUUUCAGAAGAGGAAUUAAGUUCUUGAGAGAUCAAGACAAAAUAUACUUUAAGACGGACUAUGGAACCAUGAGAGCUUUGCAGAAUAUGAGGUCCAGUAUGGUUAGCCUUGAAAGAGUGAGGAAAGUCGCCAUCGACAUAUUUUGUAUUGGGCAUUAUUUGUUGAGCAAACAACUCUUUGAGGGCUGGUAUGAGAAGAAUGAUUGUGUCGAAAUAGAACAUGUGCAGGAGAAGCCAUUGCUUGCUGGAAUAGAGGAGCUGACGAUAGUUGUGGGAGAUAUUCCACCACAAAGCAAAUCGUUUUCGGAAACUCAGAGCAUUAUGUCUCAGAUUGAGGAGGAAGAACAAAUAGUUACUAAGGAUGAUCCCACCACCACCCAUAAGACAUUGUCAAAAGAUAUGGCCUUGGUCAUAGAGCAUUUGGCGAAAUAUGAAAUGCUGAGAUACGGAAAUGUUAAGGUUGACUUGGUCAGGAAACACCAGCAGGCAGCGAUCACUGGAGAAUAG